AUGGAUUCUGAUUACGAUAGUGAAGUAUAUGCUGACAAUUUAUCUGAAAUAUCAGAUAUUGGAAAUCUUCAUGACUUUGAUAGUGAUAGUGAUAGUGAUAAUGAUGACUUGUUUCGUACUAGACGGAAUAGAGUUAUGCCAAUUUUAUCAAGUGAUUCGGAAGAAAGUGGAGACGAGUGCCCAAGUUGGUUGCCAGUGGAAAGUGAUCGUACUCCAGUUAUUGAACCCUUUGUUGGAAAUAGUGGUGUUUCUGCAAUUCCUUAUAUUCGUAGUGUGAUAGAUAUAGUUAAAUUAUUUAUAGGAGAUGAUUUGAUAGAGCAUAUGGCGAUAGAAACAAAUCGCUAUCAUAUGCAAAAUUUAAAUAGACUCAGUACCGGUGGAAAAUCUAUAAAGUGGAAAGAUGUAACAGGCAAAGACAUCAAAAAGAUGUUAGGUUUGUUAUUAUUGAUGGGUAGAGUUCGCAAAGACACUCGCGAUGAAUAUUGGUCGACAGAAGAGACUAUAUCAACACCAUUUUUUGCGAAGAUAAUGAGCAGAGAUCGGUUUCGGCAAAUUUGGAGUUCAUGGCAUUUUGCGAACAACGAACAAGAUGUCAUUGAAAAUGAUCGUCUUAGUAAGGUUCGUCCAAUAAUAAAUUAUCUUUUGCCAAAGUUUAGAAUUGUUUAUAAACCAGAAAGAGAAUUAUCUUUAGAUGAAAGUGUUAUGCCUUGGAGGGGUCGGCUUUCAUUCAAAGUAUAUAACGCAUCAAAAAUAGUAAAAUAUGGUAUUCUGAUUAGAAUGGUUUGCGAAGCAAAGUCAGGCUACAUAUGCAACUUAAAAAUUUAUUGUGGAAAUGGCAAUAGUUUACAGUCAACUAUAUUAGAUAUAUUAGAACCUUAUUUAAAUUUGUGGCAUCAUGUAUAUAUGGACAAUUUUUAUAAUAGUGUAAAUACAAGUUUAUUAUUACUACAAAAUAAAACUAGGAUUUGUGGAACUAUAAGGACUAACAGGGGCCUUCCUGAAGAACUUAAAAAUUUAAAACUUAAAAGAGGAGAGACAGUAUUUAGAAGACGCCAAGAAGUUUUGUUACAAUGCUGGCAAUCAAAAAGAAUAGUCCAAAUGAUUUCUACAAUUCAUUCGGCUGCUAUGGUUGAAAGCCAUAAUAUAGAAUGGAAAACGCGCGAAAAAAUCUGGAAACCCAUCUGUGUUAUAGAUUAUAACAAAUAUAUGUCGGGUGUUGAUCGUGCUGAUCAAUACCUUUCAUAUUUUUCUAUAGUUCGCCGUACGAAAAAAUGGACCAAAAGAAUGGUUAUUGAUUAA